UCAGUAAUUCUACUAAUAAAAACACGCACUCUGAUUGAGAAAGAAAACUCCUUUAUCUACUUCUACUUAUUCCUCUCAUCUCUCUCUUUCUUGUUAGUUCUUCAUCAUCAACUGAACCCACAGGAAAUCCAAGGGAAAGAGAGAGGAAAAUAAUAAAGCGCUUUUGUCCAGAAGCAAAUAGGAAGCUAAAUUUCUGAUAUUUUAUCUAUGCAAUUGUGCAUAUUUGUACAGAAAGGUGAUUGAGGGAUCUAUAGAUCUAACCCUUUUACAAGCGUAUGAAUUGCUCUACAUCUUUCAGAUCUCCAUCCUUUUCAGUUGGUAUUGUUCAGUAGCUGACCAGGAAAGACCACAACAUAGGCCUAACCAAACUGUGUGGCAAAUACUUCUAAGAGCUUGUUAGAUAUUGUACUCUUUGCAUCCAAUUAGGAUGUUGAAGAAUUGGUGGUAAGCAGGGCUGAAAUGAGGGAUGUUAUCAAGGUUGAUAGAAUUUCUAAAGGCCUGCUGCCGGCCCUCUUCAGACCGAUGUGCACACUCAGGUUCGGACACUGCAGGCCGGCAAGAUGGGCUUCUUUGGUACAAAGACACUGGACAGCACUUAAUUGGUGACUUCUCAAUGGCGGUUGUCCAGGCCAAUAAUUUGCUUGAGGAUCAAAGCCAGAUUGAAUCAGGUUCAUUGAGUUUGCUUGAUUCUGGUCCCUAUGGAACAUUUGUUGGAGUAUAUGAUGGUCAUGGAGGGCCUGAGACAUCGCGAUACAUCAACGAUCACCUAUUUCAGCAUCUGAAAAGGUUUGCCUCAGAGCAAAGUUCCAUGUCAGUGGAUGUAAUUCGGAAAGCAUUUCAAGCAACAGAAGAGGGAUUUCUGUCAGUAGUUUCAAAAAAUUGGCCAAUGAAACCACAGAUGGCCGCUGUUGGAUCUUGUUGCCUGGUUGGUGUUAUAUGUGGUGGGACCCUAUACAUCGCCAACCUUGGUGACUCUAGGGCAGUAUUGGGGAGGGUUGUCAGGGCAACUGGAGAAGUUCUUGCCAUCCAGCUAUCUAAUGAACAUAAUGCAAGCAUAGAGUCUGUCAGACAGGAAUUGCAUGCAAUGCAUCCAGAUGACUCUCAUAUAGUUGUUCUCAAGCAUAAUGUAUGGCGUGUAAAGGGUUUGAUACAGGUUUCAAGAUCAAUUGGUGAUGUGUAUCUUAAAAGGGCGGAAUUCAAUAGGGAGCCCUUAUAUGCUAAGUUUCGUCUCCGAGAACCUUUCAAAAGGCCUAUAUUAAGCUCUGAACCAGCAAUAACUGUUCAUGAACUCCAGCCACAUGAUCAGUUUCUCAUAUUUGCUUCUGAUGGUCUCUGGGAACACCUAAGCAAUCAGGAGGCAGUGGAUAUAGUGCAAAAUCAUCCCCGCAGCGGUAUUGCUCGGAAGCUGGUAAAGGCUGCAUUGCAAGAAGCAGCCAAGAAAAGAGAGAUGAGGUACUCUGACCUGAAGAAGAUAGAUCGUGGAGUUCGACGGCAUUUUCAUGAUGACAUUACGGUCAUAGUUGUUUUCCUAGAUUCGAAUCUUGUGAGUAGAGCCAGCACUUUGAGAGGCCCCACGUUGUCCCUAAGAGGUGGUGGUAUCAACGUGCCGGCGAAAGCUUUGGCUCCAACACAACUCGGUAGUGCAUGAAAUCUACAUCUGUUGUAUACUCUGCUGUGUCCUUCUGGAACUUCAUGUGACCAUCUUAUGGUAGAUUAAGAGAGACUGGAGAAGGUGCGGCACUAAUUUAAUUUUUACCCCCCGUGUAAAAUUGUAACGUUGACUUGGAACUGGUGUUUUGUUUAGUUUAUGAUCAGUAAAAAAGAGUGAAAGGAUAAGGAAGUAAAGGAGACCUUGAAAUUUACUGUAGAGAUUCUUUCUUGAGGAUUAUCGUUUCAGCUUAUAUUCAUUUUCCUUCCCUUGCCCGCCUCUUUUUUGAAGUGUAUCAUGUAAAUGGUGUAAAACUGAAUCCUCUUGAAAUCAAAAGAUUGUUUGUCUUGUUACA